UUUACAUUUCUAUAAAACAGAGAACAUUAAAUAGACGACAACACAAUUAAAAAAAAAAAACUCAAAAAUCUCUGCUAAUUCUUGUUUCGCCGGAGCCGGAGAGAGAGGUCGUAACUAACUGUUCGAUUCGCCGGAGACGGAGAGAACAAACGCAGGUGAGGUCGAAGAAGAACUCGAUCAGUAACAACAGAUUCUUAGGUGGAAAAAUCGCAUUUUUUGUCAACAUCUGAAGAAGCUCAUAGAGAAAGAUCAUCAUCAGAGGAAGAUGAGUGAUACUAAGAAGCGAUCUUUAGUCUUCGCCAUUCGAGACUUCCCACCGGGUUGUGGAACUCAUAUUGAUGUUUCGCCGAGGUUUAAUCUUCCAGCUGACAAGUCCUUCAAGAAUCAAAGAACUGGUGAUGUUUCUGGCGAGAAGAAUCUGAGUUUUGCAGCUCCUAAACCGGAAGGAACUUGUCUCAAACGAGAAUCAGCUGAUCAUGAGGACCAUAUCGUUGCAGCUCCUGAACCUAAGGGAGAAAUGGCUGAUGAUCAGGAUCAUAUUGUUGCAGCUCCUGAACCUAACGCCAAGCGAGAACUAGCUGAUCAGGAUCAUGUUGUUGCAGCUACUACAGUACCUUAUGCAACUUCAUCUCACAGACAAGAACUAGAGAUCAGAAACUCUGAUUGUGAUCCUACUCCUCGUGAGAAAGUGCUCGAGGUAUUGAGUCUUUUCAAACAAGUAUACAGCCAGUUGGAUCGAGAUAAAAAAGCAAGACGCUGUGGAGAUUUUUUGGAUGCAACAAGCAGAAUCGACCUCAAAACACUAACUGUCUUAGAGAAUAUGGGUAAACAAGUGAACACAGAGAAGAGAAUCGGAUCAGUUCCCGGAGUAGAAGUUGGGGAUGUGUUUCAGUACAAAACUGAACUCCGUCUCGUCGGGCUCCAUUCCAAGACGAUGUGCGGUAUCGAUUACCUGAAAAUCGGAGAUGAUAGACUCGCGACAAGCAUAGUAGCAUCAGAAGGGUAUGGAUACAAUGAUACAUUCAAGUCUGGUGUGAUGAUUUAUACAGGUGAAGGAGGUAACGUGAUCAGCAAGGAUAAGAAGACUGAAGAUCAGAAAUUGGUCAAAGGGAAUUUAGCAUUGGCUACUAGUAUGAGGCAGAAGAAGCAAGUGAGAGUGAUUCGUGGAGAAGAGAGAUGGGAUCAUAAAGGGAAACGAUACGUCUACGAUGGUUUGUAUAUGGUUGAAGAAUAUUGGCCUGAGAGAGAGGUUAGAGGAAAAACUGUGUAUAAGUUCAAGCUUUGUAGAAUUCCUGGUCAACCUCCAUUGACUUGAUAUUAGUAUUGUAAAGAUAAAUGGAAAUAAAAAUCCAUGAUGAUCGUAUAAUAAGAUUUGAGAAAAAAAAAAAUUAAUUGUAGAGAUAAA